UAUUUUGAUGCUGAUUUUUGAAAAAAAAAAAUCAAAAUUAUGCAGAAAACCGCAUGGUUGACUAGCUAAGAAUUGAUGAUUCAUUGAAUUAGCGGAAUGAUUUGCAGUGGUGCUUAAUCUGGAUGAAUGCAAAAUUUUGAUUUCUGUGGUGGUGGUGAUCGGUGAAUCUUGGUUGGUUUUCGGAAUCAUCUAGACUCUCUUCAACUGCUCGUUAUUUCAUGAGCUUUUAUUGGUAGUGAAUCGCGGUUUUUUCUCUUCAGAGCUCAACUCUGAUUUGUGCUGGCUUCUUCCUUUCCGUUUAGGAGGAGUGAGGGUGGUCAAGCUCAGUUCAAGUUGAGGCCGAUUGGAAUUCGACACUAGAAUUUGAGGAGAUGUUCGAGGGAGGUGAUCGGAGUUAGACGUAACUGUAUUGGGUCGGUUCAGAGGAGUUUGAUUGAACUCAUUUAAGAUUGAAUUUGUUUGGGCUACUAUCAAAUGAGCAUGUCAUAAUGAACGGAACCGUGGGUUUGUUGGUCAAUGGAUUCUCCCGACAAGACAUUAACUGAUAUACUUGGUAACUGGAAGUCGUGGAUCCCUUGGCGAUCUGAAUCAGCUAAUGUAUCGAGGGCUUUUUGGAUGCCUGAUCAGAGCUGCCGGGUAUGCUACGAUUGUGACGCGCAAUUUACCCUUAUAAACCGUAGACACCAUUGCCGGCUUUGUGGACGAGUAUUUUGUGCUAAGUGUACUGCAAACUCAAUACUUGCCCCAUCAGGUAAUCCAAGGACUCCUCGUGAAGACCGGGAGAGAAUUCGUGUUUGUAACUAUUGCUUCAAGCAAUGGAAUCAGGGCAUAGCUGCUCCAGGUCAUGAUAUCAGGGUGAUGAUCCAGGAUACCUGCAGUUCAUCAUCAGCAGCAAGUUUGUCCAGUACUAGAUCUAGCGGCACUGCUGACAGCAAUUGGACUACUCUUGCUUCUGUGCCCUACUCAGUUGAGACCAACCAACAAGCUCAAGACCAUUCUGGUCUAAGCCCACAACAUUCACCUAUUAUCUUAACAGACAGAGAUCAACAGGGUGAAUCGACAUCGGGGAGAAGCGCUGACAUUCUUUCCAGCAUAGAUAUACCACAAAAUUAUUCCAUGAACAGGAGCGCUGGCAAGUAUGAUUAUGGUGGUGUAUACAAGUCAGACACUGAAGCAAGGCCAUCUCCUCUAGUCACAAAUUACUUUGGUCAAGCUGAAUCUGAAGAUAUUGGCAAUGAGCAUGGACCAUAUAAUGAGCAGCUUGAUGGAGAAAUCAGUGACGCCAGGAGUUUAAGUAGCUCUCCCUUGGGGGAAAGUUUUUACUCACAUGGUCUGGAAGGAAUUCCAGAUCUUGACCAUAAGGAAGACACAAGUUUUAUUUACGGAGAAGAUCAAGGGGAUUCCUCUUUAGACUUAACGGAUGAUGUCCAGUAUGAACCUGUUGAUUUUGAAAACAAUGGCCUUCUCUGGCUCCCACCUGAACCUGAAGAUGAAGAAGAUGAGAUGGAAACAUUCUAUGAUGAUGAAGAUGGGGGACAUGUUGCAGGUGAAUGGGGAUAUUUUCGGGACUCUAGCAAUUUUGGGAAUGGGGAAUAUCGUAAUAGGGAUAAUUCAUGUGAGGAGCACAACAAUGUCAUGAAGAAUGUUGUCGAUGGACAUUUUAGGGCUUUAGUAGCUCAACUGAUGCAGGUGGAGAACCUUCCUUUGGGUGAGAUCAGUGAUAAAGAGAGUUGGCUGGAGAUAAUUACUUCCCUCUCUUGGGAAGCUGCCACACUACUAAAGCCAGAUAUGAGUAGAGGCGGUGAGAUGGACCCAGGCGGAUAUGUGAAAGUCAAAUGUAUAGCUUCGGGAUUUCGCCGCAGUAGUUCGGUGGUAAAAGGGGUGGUUUGCAAGAAAAAUGUGGCUCAUCGGAGAAUGACCUCAAAGAUAGAGAAAUCUCGCUUGCUGAUUCUUGGAGGUGCACUUGAAUACCAAAGGGUUUCCAAUCACUUAUCGAGUUUAGAUACACUUUUGCAGCAGGAAAUUGACCAUUUGAAGAUGGCAGUUGCAAAAAUAGAUGCACACUGCCCUGAUGUUCUUUUAGUUGAAAAAUCAGUAUCAAGAUAUGCACAAGAGUACCUACUUGCAAAAGAUAUAUCGCUUGUUCUCAAUAUCAAGAGACCACUUUUGGAGCGUAUAGCCCGCUGCACAGGUGCACAGAUAGUUCCCUCGAUUGAUCUACUGUCAUCUCCAAAAUUGGGAUAUUGUGAGUCAUUUCAUGUAGAAAGGUUCACAGAAGAUCUGAGCUCUUCUGGACAGGGAGGGAAAAGAUCGGUGAAGACAUUGAUGUUUUUUGAAGGUUGCCCAAAGCCAUUGGGUUGUACUAUUUUGCUUAGGGGAGCCGACGAGGAUGAGUUGAAGAAGGCAAAGCGAGUUGUUCAGUUUGGAGUUUUUGCUGCUUAUCAUUUGGCCUUGGAAACAUCUUUUCUUGCUGAUGAAAGAGCCUCUCUACCAGAACUUCCAUUGAACUCCCCAAUUACUGUUGCAAUUCCCUUGAAAUCGUCUGUUAUUGAGAGAUCCAUAUCAAUGGUGCCUGAUUUCUGUCUUCCUUCUUACCCAGGGCAGAAACCUAGCUUACCUAUUGACGAGUCACAAAGAUCUAAGAGUUUACCGAUCUCAGAUCUAAUCUUAUCAAGCAAUAGCACUUCACCUUUUGUAGGAAACAGCCCUAUUUCUCAGCUCUCACGGCCAACUUCCUCUGCAGCAAAUUCAGCAGCCAUUUUCUCUUCUGAUCCCAUUUCAUGGACUACUAACUCAGAGUCUUAUGGUGAUGAGUCUUCUCCAUACCCAAGUCCUAAGGAGAGAAAUGCUUUGGGUACCAGGGGAGAAAUAGAAGAAUCUUCUAAUAGUGGUUAUCAAAAGCAUCAGGUACUAGGAUCUGUUGAGUUGUUGGAGAAUGACAAGUUUUCUAUCGAUGCUGAAGGUGAUGAUAGCUCAGUGGCAUCUAGCCAGCCAAUUGGCUCAGAGCCAUUAAAUGUGCAACAGAAUAAUCAAAACCAUCAAGACCUUGGAACUUCUAAAGAGGAGCUGGGAACAGGAAAAGAUGACUUCCCUUCAGCAUCUUCUGACCAUCAAAGUAUUUUGGUCUCGUUAUCAUCAAGGUGCAUACUGAAAGGAAAUGUCAGUGAGAGGUCACAUCUCUUUAGAAUCAAAUACUAUGGGACUUUCGAUAAACCUUUAGGUCGAUUCUUAAGGGACUAUUUAUUAAAUCAGACUUACCGAUGCGAUUCUUGCAACAUGCCAGCAGAAGCACAUGUGAAUUGUUAUACUCAUAGACAGGGCACCCUCACAAUAUCUGUUAAAAAGUUACCAGACUGUAUCUUGCCAGGUGAAAGGGAAGGGAAGAUCUGGAUGUGGCACAGAUGCCUGCGAUGCCCACGAAAAAAUGGUUUUCCUCCAGCUACUCGAAGAGUAGUGAUGUCAGAUGCUGCAUGGGGACUCUCAUUUGGAAAGUUCUUAGAGCUCAGUUUUUCUAACCACGUUGCUGCUAGCAGAGUGGCAAGCUGUGGCCACUCUUUACAUAGAGACUGCCUUCGUUUUUAUGGAUAUGGGAGAAUGACUGCUUGCUUUCGCUAUGCUUCAAUCAAUGUGCAUUCUGUAUACCUUCCGCCAUCAAAACUUGAUUUCAACUAUGAGAAUCAGGAGUGGAUACAAAAAGAAAAGGAUGAGGUGGUGAACAAGGCUGAGCUUUUAUUUUCCGAAGUGUUGAAUACUCUUCGUCAGAUUGCAGAAAAAAUAUCUGGUGUAGGGACCAUUACUAGCAUGAGAAAAAUGGAACUAAGGCGCCAGAUUGCUGGGUUGGAGGCAACGUUACAGAAAGAGAAGGCCAAAUUUGAGGAAUCACUCCAUAAGACUAUGAAUGGGGAAGGAAAACAGGGCCAGGUUACUGUAGACAUUCUUGAGAUCAACUAUCUGCGUAGGAAGUUACUCGUCCAAGCUUAUGUAUGGGACCAGCACUUGAUCCAUGCUGCCAGUUUAGACAACAGUAUCUCUAAUGGCAGCUUUUUUUCGGAAUCUGAAGAGAGGCUUUCUGAAAUUAGUGGCACCGGAAAAUCAGUAGAAGACCUUAAAUCUUCUCGUCUCGUCUAUCAACAGUGUAAUGGAGGCCAAAGUAAAGGAGAAGAAUUUGUUACCAGCCUGGCUCAACCUGACAUUCAAAUCAAAGAAGUUGGAGAUUCAGAUUCACAUAAAGGAGAAGAUUUAUGCAGCACAAGCAUUAAUGCUCCAUCUGAACCCGUAGAAUCAAGGGCAAAUGUUCUUGCUGUUCAGGCUGAUGGGCAGAUUUCUAGGCUGUUAACUUUAUCAGAUACACUCGAGGCGGCAUGGACAGGUGAAAAUGGUUCAGUAGUUGGAAUAACGAAAGAUAACUCUCAUAUUCUAUCCAAUUCAACUGUAUCAGAUUCAUCAGGCAUCGAUGAUACUUCACGGAAUGAUCGUUCUGAAGAUCGCCAUUCUGUUUCUCAGUCGCUUCCUUCAAAGGCACUUGAUGAUACAGAGGACUUUGCUAGUCAGUUAGAGACGGCAUCCUCAAACUUCUAUUAUUUAUUUAAUGAGAAUUUUCUAGCUACUGGUCAGAAACUUGAAGCACUAGCAAAACACAAUCCUGUCUUUCUGUCUUCAUUCUGGGAGCUAGAGUUUCAAGGUGGAGCUAAGCUGUUCUUGCCCCUUGGUGUAAAUGAAACUGUUGUUCCAGUCUUUGAUGAUGAACCCUCAAGUAUCAUUGCUUACGCCUUAAUGUCACCAGAAUAUCACUCCCAGCUGAUUGAUGAGCCAGAAAAACCAAGAGAUUGUGGUGAUUCGUUGCCUUCCUCGUCUUUCACAGAAUCAUUUUUGCAGUCCUCUGAUGACUUCUCCUUCGAUACUUCUAAAAUUUCGGGGCCUUCGGAUGAUAGUUUUUCAACCAUCUCUGGAUCUCGUACCUCACUUGGCUUGGAUCCACUCUUAUACCCAAAGUCCCUUAAUCCCAGAAUCGUUUUCGAAGACUAUGGCCCCCAUGGUGGAGCAAAAUAUUCUGUUACCUGUUACUAUGCAAAACGUUUCGAAGCUUUGAGGAGGAUUUGUUGUUCAGAACUCGACUUCAUAAAGUCCCUUAGUCGUUGUAAGAAGUGGGGAGCCCAAGGUGGUAAGAGUAAUGUUUUCUUUGCCAAAACUUGGGACGAUCGAUUUAUUAUUAAGCAAGUCACCAAGACAGAACUGGAGUCAUUUAUCAAAUUUGCACCUGAAUAUUUCAAGUAUUUAUCUGAAUCAGUUAGUAUGAGAAGUCCUACAUGUCUAGCAAAGAUUCUUGGAAUUUAUCAGGUUACGGCAAAGCACCUCAAAGGAGGGAAAGAAUCAAAGAUGGACGUUUUGGUUAUGGAGAAUCUUCUGUUUAGAAGGAAUGUUAGGCGGCUUUAUGAUCUAAAAGGAUCUUCAAGAUCACGCUAUAAUGCUGAUUCAACUGGGAAGAACAAGGUUCUAUUGGACCUUAACUUGAUUGAAACAAUGCGAACGUCUCCAAUUUUCGUCGGAAACAAAGCGAAACGAUUGUUAGAGAGAGCUGUCUGGAAUGAUACUUCAUUUCUUGCUUCGAUCGGUGUAAUGGACUACUCGCUGCUGGUUGGGGUGGACGAGGAGAAACAUGAACUGGUAAUGGGGAUCAUCGAUUUCAUGAGACAGUAUACAUGGGACAAACACCUUGAGACUUGGGUGAAGGCCACAGGCAUUCUUGGUGGGGCAAACUCCUCUCCAACUGUGAUCUCCCCCAAGGAGUACAAGAAGAGGUUCAGGAAAGCCAUGACAACCUACUUCCCAAUGGUCCCGGACCAGUGGCUUCCGCAGUCUAUCGUUCCGAGCCACUCUCAGUCUGAUUUAGGCAACGAGAACUCGCAGGAUGGCAAAUCGGAUGCUGCGUCUGUUGCCUUGUAGAUAUCUAUAUAAUUUGUUCGGAGGUGUUGUGAAAGAAGGCUGCUGCUAAAGCCAUCAAGGAAGGAGGUAUGAUUUUAGUUCACCUCUUGAUUCAAAUCUUUGUAUAAAGUAGGUUAGUGUUAUUAUAGCUAGAUUUACAGUGAAAAUCUUCUGUUCCACCAAAAUACAUUACCUCCAUUCGUUGUACUUUACAAGAUAAGUUACCUCAAUGAAACCAAAUUUUGAAUCA